UGUAUUCCAUCCUUUAUUAGCAAUCAGUAAACAUACAAUCUUGAAGUGAUGAAACUGAUCUGUACCCAAACAUAAAUUCAUCGUAUUUGAGUUAAUAGUAACAAAAUACAUGACAUCGGUCAGUCCCCACCUGUGUACUGCAUGGAAAAAGCAAACUAUGUAACUGAUUCCCUUUGCAUUUAUCACACCCCCACUGAUGCGACUUGUUACCAUAAAAAAAGCAUCAUAAAUACACAACGCAGAAUACAAUGCAGAUAGAGAACAGAUACAUGGCUCCUGCACACAGGCUCAGCUCUGAUACAGGGUCCUCCACUUGAAAUAUUAACAUACUCUCGUCUUGUUGAACAAUUCCAUCAUUCUGUUUUAAUUAUAUUGACAAUUUUUUUCCGAACUGACUGUUUUGGAUGUAUGGUGUGUCAACAUUGUGUUUAACAAGGUGUCAUAUAACUAACUAUCUGAUAAUAGCCAGGUGAUAUGCUCAAAGAAAUCUUAACCAAGUUUUGGUGCUAAUAAUAGUUUUAAAGUCCUGCCGGAAAAACUAUAGAGGUUCAGGACAGGAUGUCAUGGUGCUAUGUGUGAGAUUGCAUUGUUCAGGUUGUCAGAGUGUUUCUGUAUAGACACAAAUCAUAUAUUGCCAUUGGUGUCAAUGCCAGACGAUAUUAACCUGAAAGGAGACGGUGGGAAUCAGUUGUGACUGAGAAAUCUGUAUAAUCCAGUGACGAGAGGAAUAGACGUUUCAUCGUCAGCAGAAAUGUUUCAGCCCACACUGCGGUAACACUUGUCCAUUACUCAUCACAGCGCCACCAGUGGCAGGAGGACCAAAGCAGUGGGCGCUGUCUGCUCAGCCUGGCUUGCCAUUCCGGAAACUCAUCACUCCCGGUCCAGGACACAAGAUUGGUUCCUAAAAGGGAAUUGCCUGCAAUACAGCGAGUAGAUACCCUGGAGAAUCCUGGUCCAGUGUACAAUGCAUGGAGAGAUCGGAAAUGGACAUUGUGUGACUGUGGGUGGACAGGUGCAGGUGGAUCCGGCCAUGGCGCGUGUUCAGUGGAUCGACCCAAGAUGUUUGGAAGUGUUCACCUCAGUUUAAAAACAAAACACUGUUCUGCUUUAAACCCCAAUUAAUGUUUGACCCUCCUGUUAUUUUUUUUUUUGUUACAGAGCAGCAAAAACUGAAAACUCCUGUCCACAGAAUGGAUCAAGGUUCGAGCAGUGGAGGAGUUCCAGUGGCGUCAACAUCAGGAAAGGACACGGGUCCGGGCUCAGUGAUCACCGAGCUCCUGGCAAGUUGUAACGAUUCCCAGCUGCUGCAGUUGACGGAUAUCUACCGGGUCAGGCUGGAGCAGGCGAUGGAAGGAGGGGUGUCCGGAGUGAGCCUGGCGUUAAUGGCCAAGAAUCAGUUCAGUGUACAGGAACAUCGGAAAAUCACUGAUCUCGCUGAUAAGGGAGAGCGGGCGGACAGUUCUAAACUCCUCCUGAGCCUGGUGAUGGAGAAAGGCUCCAGCGCCCAGAGGGUGAUGUGGGAAACCUUUGUGAAAAUGCGGAUUGGUGUCCCAGAGUUGGACAAAAUACUGAAGGAAAUACAGGAAUAUGGUUGUGAUCCUUCCCAUCGACCAAUUCCCGCUCAACUUUUACUAAAGGUUCUCAGUGAGCUGAAAGAUCUGAGAGUGAUCACCGAGCUCCUGGCAAGCUGGGACGAUUCCCAGCUGCUGCAGCUGACGGACUUCUACCGGGACAGGCUGGAGCAGGCGAUGGAAGGUGGGGUGCACGGAGUGAGCCUGGCGUUAACGGCCGAGAAUCAGUUCAGCAGAGAGGAACAUCGGAAAAUCUCUGAUCUCGCUGAUAAGGGAGAGCAGGCGGACAGUUCUAAACUCUUCCUGAGCCUGGUGAUGGAGAAAGGCUCCCGCGCCCCGAGGGUGAUGUGGGAAACCUUUGUGAAAAUGCGGAUUGGUGUCCCAAAGCUGGACAGAAUACUGAAGGAAAUACAGAUAUAUGGUUGUGAUCCUUCCCAUCGACCAAUUCCCGCUCAACUUUUACUAAAGGUUCUCAGUGAGCUGAAAGGUGUUCAACAGAAACACAAGGAGACUCUGUGGGAACAAACUGAAACACUGAGAGUGAACACGAUCCUGAUGAGGGAGAAGGUGAAGGUUUUCCAGCUGGUUGAUCGAUACGCUGAGCUCACGGUCAUUUCCACUGUUCGAGAUCGGACACUGGUGGAACAUGAGCUGCUGGCAAGAGGCAGAGACCACGAGGAGUGGAGAGAAAAACAUCUCUGCGGAGAGCUGGAGAAACUCCAGAUGGAUCAGUUGUUCCAGAGCAGCUUUUCCCAAACUAACUCCAAAUCUGGGAGUUCGGCAGCAGUGGCUGGAGUCCCAGGGAUCGGGAAAACAACAAUGGUACAAAAGAUUGUUUACGACUGGGCCACGGGGAAAAUAUACCAACAGUUCCAGUUUGUCUUCAGUUUCAAAUUCCGCGAUUUAAACACCAUUAACUGUAGAAUAAACCUGAAGGAACUGAUUCUGGAUCAGUAUCCUUACUUUGGGAAUAUCCUGAGAGAGGUCUGGAAGAACCCGGAGGGAUUGCUGUUUAUAUUUGAUGGUUUGGAUGAAUUCAAUGACCAAAUUAAUUUUUCUGACAGUCGGAGAGACACGGAAACUCGGUACACAUGCACAGAUCCUGAAUACAAGUGCAAGGUGUCUGACAUUGUGUACAGUUUAAUCCAGCACAAGCUGCUCCCAGGGUGUUCAGUGCUGGUGACCACCCGCCCCACUGCGUUACAUUUAUUGGAAAAGGCGGAUAUCAGUGUCUGGGCUGAAAUCCUGGGAUUUGUUGGUGAGGAACAGAAGGAAUAUUUCAUCAGACAUUUUGAAGAUCAGACGGUGGCGGCAGCUGUUUUCAAACACGUGGAAGAGAACGAGAUCCUGUACACCAUGAGCUACAACCCCUCCUACUGCUGGAUCCUCGCUCUGGCACUGGGCCCCUUCUUCACACAAAGCGUCAGGGACCCACAGCGAGUUCCCAAGACCAUCACCCAACUGUACUCCUACUAUAUUUACAACAUCCUGAAAAACCACGGCCGUGAAAUUGAGAACCCACGUGAUGUGUUACUCAGGGUUGGUCGGAUGGCCUUCAAAGGAGUGUCCGAGAGGAAGAUUGUGUUUACAGAUGGAGAUUUGAUCAACUACAAUCUGCAGCCUUCCCAGUUCCUGUCCGGGUUCCUGAUGGAGCUUUUGGAGAGAGAGGAUUCUGCCCGAAGCGUGGUGUACACAUUCCCACACCUCACCAUCCAAGAGUUUGUAGCUGCACUCGCACAAUUCCUGAAUCCACAUCCCGGAGAUAUCCUGAAAUUCCUCACUGAAGUCCACAGCACGACAGAUGGGCGAUUUGAGGUAUUUCUCCGUUUUGUUGCUGGUCUCUCCUCCCCAAUGACAGCUCGGGGCCUGGAGGAGUUUCUGGGUCCAUUUUCUCAUCAAACAACCUGCCGGGUGAUUGACUGGAUGAUGGAGGAGGUUAAACGCCAGAGUGGAAACACAUGGAGUGAAGCUGGUAAAAGGAGCCUCCUGAACACAUUGCACUACCUGUUUGAGUCUCAGAAUCGUGGACUGGCUCAGGCCGCACUGGGAUCUGUGGAAAGGUUUUCACUCAGUGGAAUGACACUGACCCCGAUUGACUGCGCGGUCCUGUCUCAUGUCAUCGGACUCUGUGAUACAAUAAAACAGCUCGACCUGGAGAACUGCCACAUUCAGUAUGAGGGAAUACAGCGGCUGGGACCCGGGCUGCACAAGUGCCAGGAGUUGAGACUUGGGGAGAAUAAGCUGGGAGAUUCGGGAGUGAAACUGGUGUCUGAGUCUCUGAGGAACCCGGAGUGUAAAAUACAGAAACUGAGGCUGAGGAGUGUCGGUCUCACAGAUUCUGGUGCCGAGGAUCUCGUCUCCGCUCUUAGUACAAAACCAUCACUGAAGGAGCUGAACCUCGUAUCAAACUCACUCACAGACCAAUCUAUCCCUGCUCUCCGCCGCCUCGUUCUGACACUUCCAAAUCUGACGGGCAUCUGGCUGGGGCGGAAUCGAUUCAGCGAGACCGGGGAGAAAGAACUGAGAUCACUGCAGGAACCCAGACCCCGACUGGGAGUGAUGCUGUGAACAACCCAGCUCGAAGGAUGUGGACAUUCCACGGCCUCACCUUUAACGGCUGUCCUCCCCUUUAAUGACCGCGCUUUAGGUUUAACUCCCAACGGUGCUAAGAGAUCCCGGCCCAGCCGAGCGCUCUCUGACGUCAGAGGUGAUCCCUUAGCCACGUGUCUACGUCUCCUGUCCAGAACUUCUGGCCGCCGAAUGUCCGUGUGCAGGUUAUCCUGGGGGAUUCUAAGGAAUUACACAGACAGGAAGAACCCAGGGCGGGGCUCAGUCUGUGACACCAGUGUCCCGGGGUGAGAUUAUCCGGCCGAGAGAAUCCCUUUGCUCACUGCGCUGAGCCCCGUGGCGGCGUGGUCGAUGAAAUGAUGUUAAAUUGGCAAAGACCUCGUUUGCGACGCUGAGUCGGCAGCGAUUUCGGACACUGCCCCAAUGUGAGAUUUUAUAAUCAUCGGUUCUCAGGGGCAGGGUGACGGUGAGAAAUGGGACUAAUUAUUCAACCUGUCACUGGUUGUCGACAAUCUGUGAAUUUUGUGUGACUGUGAGUGAGUCGUGAGCAGCUUAUAUAUUUCCGCAUUUUUUCAGGUCACAGAAUGUUUAGUUUGUAUUUGUGGUGAUGAAUCAAUAAACUGCUGUAACAUUC